AUUUAAAUUGGAGCCCGAGCCGCCCCCUCGCGGGUCGGGUUCCCGUGGGGCAGUGGAGCAGCCGUGGGCCUCCGCGGGCCGUGACCCCGGGGUCUGGCGCGGGGUGGGGCCGUGGGGGGGCAGGUUUGCGCAAGAUGUGCCGGGGCUGCGCGGGAGAGGAGCGGCGGCCGCGCUGAGCCAGAGCCAUGAGCCACCAGAUCCUGCUGCUCCUGGCCGUGCUGACCCAGGGCCUGGCCACCUCCCAACAGGGAGACAAGGUGCCCUGUGAGAUGGUCGACAAGGAGGUCUCGUGCCAGGGUCUUGGCCUGCUCCAGGUCCCCUCGAUGCUCCCACGGGACAUCGAGGCCCUCGACCUAUCUGGAAACCAGCUGCGGAGCAUCCUGGCCUCACCCCUGGGCUUCUACGUGGCCCUUCGACACCUGGACCUGAGCACCAACGAGAUCAGCUUCAUCCAGACAGGUGUCUUCCAGGCCCUGCCCCACCUGGAGCACCUCAACCUGGCCCGUAACCGCCUGGCAGCGGGCACCGUGCUGAGCACCCCUGGUCUGGGCCCCCUGCCUCGUGUGACAUCUCUGGACCUGUCGGGGAACAGCCUGUACAGUGGCCUGGUGGAGCGGCUGCUGGGGGAGGCGCCCGCCCUGCGCGCCCUCUCGCUGGCCGAGAACAGCCUGACCCGCCUGGCCCGCCAUACCUUCUGGGGCACGCCUGCGCUCGAGCGGCUCGACCUGCACAGCAACGUGCUCAUGGACAUCGAGGACGGUGCUUUCGAGGCCCUGCCCCACCUGGCCCACCUGAAUCUCUCCAGGAACUCCCUCACCUGCAUCUCCGACUUCAGCCUCCAGCAGCUGCGAGUACUUGACCUGAGCUGCAACAGUAUUGAGGCCUUUCAGACGGCCCCCGAGCCCCGGGCCGAGUAUCAGCUGGCCUGGCUCGACCUGCGGGAGAACAAACUGCUCCACUUCCCCGACUUGGCCGCGCUCCCGAGCCUCAUCUACCUGAACGUGUCCAACAACCUCAUCCGGCUCCCUGCAGGGCCACCCCAGGGCGGCGAGGGCAUCCACGCACCUUCUGAGGGCUGGUCGGCCUUGCCCUUCUCGAACCCCAGCCGGAACGCCAGCAGCCACCCCCUCUCCCAGCUCCUGAAUCUGGAUUUGAGCUACAAUGAGAUCGAGCUGGUCCCCGAGGGCUUUCUGGAGCCCCUGACCUCCCUUCGCUUCCUGAAUCUCAGUCGGAACUGCCUGCGAGGCUUUGCGGUGCUGCGCGCCGGCUUCCUGCCUUGCCUCGUGCACCUGGACGUGAGCCACAACGCGCUGGUGACGCUGGCGCUGGCCUCCAGAGCGCUGGGGUCCCUGCGGACGCUGCUCCUCCAGGACAACGCCCUGCAGGACCUGCCCCCGUACACUUUUGCUGGCCUGGCCAGUCUGCAGAGGCUGAACCUUCAGGGAAACCGGGUCAGGCCUUGUGGGGGCCCGGGGGAGCCUGGAGCCCUGGGGUGUGUGGCCUUCUCUGGCCUCUCCUCCCUCCGCAUCCUGAACCUGGUGGACAACGAGAUGGAGCGGCUGCGGGCGGGGGCCUUCCUCCACACGCCGCUUACCGAGCUGGACCUCUCUGCGAACCCCGGGCUGGACGUGGUCACAGGGGCCCUGGCAGGCCUGGAGGCCUCCUUGGAGGUCCUGGCCCUGCAAGGCAACGGGCUGGCCGUCUUGCAAGUGGACCUGCCCUGCUUCAGCUGCCUUAAGCGUCUCAACCUCGCCGAGAACCGCCUGAGCCGUCUGCCCGCCUGGACGCAGGCCGUGUCCCUGGAGGUACUGGACCUGAGGAACAACAGCUUCAGCCUCCUGCCCGGCAGCGCCAUGGGUGGCCUGGAGCCCAGCCUCCGGCGCCUCUACCUGCAGGGCAAUCCGCUGAGCUGCUGCGGCAAUGGCUGGCUGGCCGCCCAGCUGCACCAAGGCCGUGUGGACGUGGACGGCACCCAGGACCUGACCUGCCGCUUCGGCUCCCAGGAGGAGGUGGCCCUGAGCCACGUGCGCCCCGAGGACUGUGAGAAGGGGGGGCUCAAGAACGUCAACCUCAUCAUCAUCCUCACCUUUGCGCUGGUCUCGGCCAUCCUCCUCACCACCCUGGCCACCUGUUGCUGUGUCCGCCGGCAGAAGUUCGGCCAGCAGUACAAAGCCUAGAGAAGCCGGGGGCGGCAGAACGGUGCAGCCGGGAGACCUGCCCAGGCUCUCUCCCAUCUCCUCCAUCUGAAAUGUCUCACCUACCCGGACCCACCUGCCAAACUCCUGUUUCAACUCUGGCCUGUACCACCUCUUCUGGGGAGUCUGCCCUCAUUUCCCUCCACAGCCCCAGGCUGCUGUGGGCCACAGCGGUGGAGAUCCCUGCCUCAUCUGCCACCAGACUAAGAGCUUCUACCUGAGUCCUUUCUGUGUCCCCAGGGCCUGUGAACCAACACAGAAGGUGAGUUCAGAAAAGGUUUCCUGAAUGCAGGACCCCGACCCUGCAGGACUUAAACACUUAUGGGGAUUAAGAUCAGCCCUCAGAAAGAGAAGGGGGCAACGGGCUUCUCAGACAGAUGCAGGGGACACAGGGGACACAGAGGGGGGGAUGCAGGAUGUGGGCAGCCUGGCCAGUGAAGAGGCAAAGGAAAAAUCUUCUCUCAACAUCCUCUACCUCCCAUCACUUUCUUUUGCCCCUGGGACCCUGUUUUAUCUUCUUCCUUUCCUCCUUCCCUGACUCUUCACUUCUCCUUUCCCUCCCUUGGUCGUCUCCACCAAUCCCCCCCCCAACCCAGAAGCAGUUGGGGCUGUGGUGGCUCAGAGUGGGGAGGGGCAGAAGGGAGGGAGGCCAGAGCUGUUUAUAGGAACUGGAGCAGCUCCAUCCAUCAGCUCUGUUUGGAGCGGGAGACCAAGCAUAAUAAAUACCUUGGCUCCUCCCCAGCUGUGCUUUUCCUGAACUUGGCCAUUCGAACUCCAAAUCUCUCUGGCCCACUGGUUCUCAGGACCCAGCUCCCACCCCACCCCACCCUCCUCCCACCUCCCACCAAGCCGCCCUGGAAAGAUCCCUGCCUCUGGGACCAGAAACGCAGGGCUAAGUCUAGGCUCUGCUUUGGCCGUAAGGGCAAGUCCUGCCACUUGUCUGUGCUUCCACUUCCCCAUCCCUAAAAUGGGGUCAUAAUCACUGCCCACCAAAAGCACAGUGCUGUUCACUCUUUAGGCCUGAGUGGCUUGAGCACCCGCUCUGUGCUGGGCCCCGCAGGGUUCCUGGGAACAGUCAGACAGGGCCUCUGCCUAUUGGGUGGAAGGCGAGGCCACACCUCAUCACAAGCGGGAAGUGGUCAGCGCCACGAGGGAGGUCCAGAUUUUGUGCUCGGGAAGAUUGUUUGCAGCAGGGAGCGGCCCUUCCAGCUGGAGGAGAGCAGACUUCGAGGACAUCUGGGCUGGCCAGGCAGGGAAGGGUAGGAUUUCAACACUCGGAGGUGGGGAGAGGUUCUUCCCAGGCAGAACGAACGGGAACCAGCAAACCUGGGUCUGGACGGGGCAGAGAGGAGUCUCCCGACUUUGUCCUCUCUGGUUCUUUAGCACCUUCCACCCCAACCUUCCAGCCUUCUGGAAUCUUCUUUCCUUCCCUGGAGAGCUUCCGACUCAUCCAAGUCGUGGACGUGUUCCUGAAAUUCUGCAGUCAUGUCCCAACCACACCCACCCCGCACACACCAAAAGCCACCCCAGAAAGUGGAAGACCCAGAUCAGGGGAAACAUCACUGGCCAAUAGCACAUGUUUCUGGAAUGAAUAAGGGAAUACAUGCAUAAAGGAAUGAAUGGAAGAGUGAGUCAAUGAAGAGGAGAAUAAAUGAGUAAGUGAAUUACUACAUUCAACUGACAUUUAUUUUUCUUAAGCCCCUGCUACACACCACGUUAGGUGCUGGGCGUACAAGGUCCCGCCCCUCGCUGUACUCGCUGUCUGCUGGAGGAAACGGAUGUUCACACGGGGCCGUGGGCACACACACGCGCGCACACACGCACACACACGCACACACGGAUAAGGACAGAAUGGCUAUGCGGGGAAACGAAGGGGAGGUGUAACUGAGAUGUCCUCUCUGAGGACGCCAGCUGUAAGCCGAGCCUGGAGGAGGACUUAAGAGGAGAGAGUGGAUAGGGGCGCCUGGGUGGCUCAGUCGUUAAUCGUCUGCCUUCGGCUCAGGUCAUGGCCCCGGGGUCCUGGGAUCGAGCCCUGCAUUGGGCUCCCUGCUUGGUGGGCAGCCUGCUUCUCCCUCUCCCACUCCCCCUGCUUGUGUUCCUGCUCUCGCUAUCUCUCUCUGUCAAAUAAAUAAAGAAAAUCCUAAAAAAAAAAAAAAAAA